CGCGCUAUUUACACGGAUACUACAGGAAAGCAGAUUCGUCUAAAGUUUGUGAUGGGCGAUGCUGAGAGUGGUCAGCUGACCGCGUUGGAGCAGGGUUUCCGAGAUGACUCGGACUUCAUGUUCCUGAUGUGCUUCUUCCACGUAAUGAAGAAAGUUCAAGAGAAGACGAAGUGCCUCCCAGAUCGUGUUGCCAAUGGAGUACUCACCCAGAUCUAUGACAUGCAUUUUUGCUCAAGUUUUCCCGAGUUGGUCCAAGCCGCAAACUGUUACUGGAAGGAGUGGAAUGAGCGAAGUGAUCUCGAAGCGUUUACUGCCUAUUUCAAGUCUCAGUGGCUUGGUGCCCGAUUUUCGCGCUGGCAAUGUUGUUACACGGCGCCAGGGUUUGCCACUACCAACAAUCCUGUGGAAUAG